GCUACACGAACAGACCCUCCAUCGUCGUUGUUUUGGAUGGAGUUGAUUGUAAGUCGUAAGCCUACCUUUGUCAAAUUCUCGAUUUUGAGCGAAAGUGUUUGUAUUUGCGAAGAAAAGGCGCGCAUUAACGAAGCCUACGUCUUACUUUCCCCUCGUGUUUCUAACUGCACCACCAACACCAUUCUCAGGCGGUUACAAUGAGUGAACAGACUGCGGGCUUUGUGCCCGCUGUGCCCAGUCUACCACUCCCUGGUAAUGUUGUGAAACAAGGGUGGCUCUACAAGAGAGGCGAACAUAUUAAAAAUUGGAGACCGAGGUAUUUUUAUUUGCUGGACAAUGGUUCACUGAUUGGCUUCAAAAACAAACCAGAGGGUGCCCUAGGUGAUCCUCUAAAUAACUUCACUGUUAAAGGAUGUCAAAUAAUGAGUCUGGAUCGCCCCAAGCCUUACAUAUUUAUUAUUAGAGGGCUUCAGUUAACCACUGUUAUUGAAAGGACUUUUCAUGCAGAGUCAGAUGCUGACAGGGAGGAGUGGGUUGCUGCCAUAAAAGGAGUGUCAGACAACCUUGCUGACAGUCAGGAUGUGGAAAUGAUGGAACGUGCCAGUUCUAUUAAUAGUGGUGAUUCAAGUAUUGAUGGUUCUGCUAUUGAUGAGCUGUCAGCAAAGUUUUCAGUCCAAGGUACUUCAAGCAGCAACCGAUCAGGAAAAAAGAAAGUGACCUUGGAAAAUUUUGAGUUUCUCAAAGUUUUGGGGAAGGGUACUUUUGGUAAAGUAAUUUUAUGCAGAGAGAAAGCCACUGGUCAUCUUUAUGCUAUCAAGAUUUUAAAAAAAGAAGUUAUCAUUAAGAAGGACGAAGUUGCCCAUACACUCACUGAAAAUCGAGUCCUACGAACUACCAAUCAUCCCUUCCUUAUUAGCCUUAAAUAUUCUUUCCAAACAGCGGACAGACUUUGUUUUGUCAUGGAAUAUGUGAAUGGUGGUGAAUUAUUUUUCCACUUAUCCCGUGAAAGAGUAUUCUCUGAAGAAAGGACUAGAUUUUAUGGAGCCGAAAUCAUCUCUGCUUUGGGCUACCUUCACAGUGAAGGAAUAAUUUACAGAGACCUGAAGCUGGAAAAUUUGUUGCUCGACAAAGAUGGUCAUAUUAAGAUAGCUGAUUUUGGACUUUGUAAAGAAGAUAUAACCUAUGGAAGUACCACUAAGACAUUUUGUGGCACUCCAGAGUACCUUGCACCAGAGGUUCUUGAAGACAAUGAUUAUGGACGAGCUGUUGAUUGGUGGGGUGUUGGUGUUGUAAUGUAUGAGAUGAUGUGUGGACGGCUGCCAUUUUACAACAGAGAUCAUGAUGUCUUAUUUACUCUUAUUCUUGUGGAAGAGGUGAGAUUUCCUCGCAACAUAUCAGCUGAGGCCCGAGAUAUGUUAACUGGACUCCUUAUGAAAGACCCAAAUAGGCGUCUUGGAGGUGGCCCCGAAGAUGCAAAUGACAUUAUGGCUCAUCCCUUCUUCAGUUGUAUCAAUUGGUCUGACCUUCAGGCCAAAAGGCUAACACCACCAUUCAAGCCACAAGUAACAUCUGACACAGAUACAAGGUAUUUUGAUUCAGAGUUCACAGGAGAGAGUGUUGAACUGACACCACCUGAAAAUGCUGGUCCCUUGAAUUCAAUAGCUGAAGAACUGGAAAACACUCAGCCAUACUUUGCGCAAUUCAGCUAUCAAGAUAUCAGCAGUUCAACUUUAGGAAGUACAAUCUCAGCCUCUAGCUCUUCCUUAGCAAUCCACAGCACUGUUGAGUAGGUUAUAUUGAGGAAAGAUAAUUUAAAUACUAAAGCAAAUUUUAAAAACUCAAAAAUUACACUCAGCCACAAGGUUCCUAUGUGAUUUAAAGUGACUGAAGUGCUCCAUAAGCGCGUUUUUAUGUAUGAAUGAAUUUUGUAGUGGUUGUGUGUAUGUGGUGAAACACUGUUACUUCUGCAUUAUGCUGUGCCAUAUGAGCACCUGGAGGUCUCCUCUUUCCUAUUUAAAGAAGUGCUGUUAUCAAAAUGUGUGUUUGUAACUUUUAUCUUUUUAAGUUAUCCUCUCGUGUUUUUCUCUCCUUUUAAUGGGUCUGGUGAUUAUCAUCAUUCACAAGAUGGAUACUGCUCACUUGUAUAAAAUAGUUAAACUCUCAUGUUUCUUUUCAUUUAGUUGUUUAUGAAUUGAUUACUGCAGCUAAAAAGCACCUGAUUGAUAGACAUUUGUCCAUUUACAUUCCUAUCCUCUUUCUCAAAGCACUGAAUUGUUUUCUGUUUAUUUAAACUGUUGUUAUUAACAUGUGACAGCCUGGGGCUCUUUCUCAUCAGUACUUUUUCAUUCAUUUUUAUGUUUAACUAAAGGAACCAAACCCGUUCUUGUCUUACAGUGCAAGUUCCUAUCAUAUUCCCUUGAAUAUGCUCUGUGUGAAGAGUAUUAUUUUGUAACAAAGUCCCUGAAAUCAAUCCUUGUCUUUGGACAUGGAAGUUGUAGUUUAAUUCUUUUCUUUCAAUUUGGAGUGGCAUUUUAACAAAAUAUGGUAAUUAUUUGAAAUUUAGCACACACUAUCACUUGUUGUCAGCAGCAAUAUUUGCCUUAGCUUUGCAAUGUACUCUAAUCAUUUCGCCUGUACUUUUAUGAUUCAACUACCCUCUGUAUUGAUCAGUAUCAACUUUUCUCCUAUGUGUGAAAUAACUUCCAUGUCCCAUUUUGUUUUUCCUAUGUUGUUGUUUUUGGUUGUCGAUAGGGUAAUGGGGUAGGAGCAGAAAGUGUGACAAGAUAUUAUAACCCUGUUGACUGUUCAUUAGCAUUUUUAAUUUUCUUAAAUAUUGAGGGGGGUUAGAGGAUAACCAAAGGUGAAAUUAUGCAUACAAGCCAUUUAGCAGGCCCAUUAAAAUACUUCUGUUCGCAAUCUCAAUCAACUAUGAGUUUGUGAUUAAGUGAACUAAGGUAGUUAAGUUUUGCUGGGACCAGAGGUGUCUGUAAUAAAUCGCGAGGAUGAACAUUUCAUCCUUGUGUAGACCAUUCAGACUGUGUGGCAGAUUUCAGUUCUAGUGCUUCAGCUUCUAUCACUAACAUAUUCUACAUAUUUGGUGCUUUACCAAUUUAUAGCAGUUUACAGUACUUAAAGUCAAUGCUGCUCGGUGUAUUAUCUAAGCAAUGUUCUGACUGACAACCUCCAUAGUAGAUUUCUUGAUGUGCUACUGUCUGCUUUUAAGUUCAAAUGUCGAAAAUACAAAUGACAUAUACAUACGACUGUCUUUUAUUAUCUGCCUGAAACAAUUUGUUAAAUGCGUCUCUAUUUAAAAGUAACAUUUCCGUUAUUUUGAGAAACAUAUUUUUAAAAGACUGUUCAAUGUUUAGGAAGUGCAAGACAGAAUGUUACUUUGAACUCUGAGGGUAUUGUUGACCUGUUUUGUCUUCUGAUGUUUCAAACGAAGCAGCAAUUGGACUUAAAAGCAACUAAUGACGCAAUUUCGCUCUCAUAGAAAUGCUUUUGGAGAAAUUGGCACACAUGGUUAGCACAAGCAUUUGGACACUUGAUAUCGUCAGAGUUUUAACAAAAUAAGUCCCUUGAUACUUUUAUAAUUGUUGUUGUUAUUGUUGUUGUUACUAUGUAAAAGUGCUGUUUGCACUAAAUUUGUCUUCUUGUUGAUGUAGGUGUAUUUUGCUUUAAAAUUGUCUUAGUGCUUGUUAUUUUUCUGGAAGUACUCUGUUUGUGUGCCUUCACCUUGUACUACUAUUUAGGGAUUGUUACGGACAAGUUAACACAAGUACUCAUGAUGGGUGUACAGAAAUGUAUUUGCUUCUUUAGCAAUGUGAAUUGUAGGUGGCCUCUUGAUGUAAUCUCAGUCCCAAAAUUAAGUAUACAUGUAAUUAAAAAAUAUACCAUGCUAAAGGAUUAACCCAUUGAAGGUUUUGAAGUCAGUGUCAAAUGUCACAUGGGGAAAAAUGAUGCAAAGUUCAUAAAGUGAUCUCUCUUUAACAAGAUUGAACCUAAUGUUGUUUUCUGUGUGCAGGAGAUUGUUAAUAUAAAUUUGGCUUUUUUUCUGCUUUGCUCUUUUUGACAAACUUUCUCAGAAGUGUGGACUUGCUGAGUUAUGCAAAAUUGGGUACUUUAAACAAUCACAUCAACAUUCUUUUGAUGUGUAACAUUUAGUAUAAAGUGCUCAGUGCAAGAGAAUUAUUGAGGGCUUCCCUGAGGUUUAUUGCGUUUUGUCUUAGCCUUCCAUAAGAGUUUAAAAACAAAACCCUCAUAAAUUAACUGUUGAAAUGCAAUUGUUAUUCAGACACUUUCAAAAUGUCUCCCAUGUUCCAUGAGAUACAACCUGUUCCUGAAUCUCUUGUAUCAUUGUUAUGAAUGAAAAUCCUAGGGGAAAUCAAGAGUUUUGUAUUAUCUUGUUUUAUAAACAAGGAAGUGGCCAGUUUUGAUAUUUUUCUACUUGAAUAAGUAUAGAGCAGGCCUGCUCUGUAUAAAGUUUUCCACCUUGUCUUGUUGUUCUCUACUAUUGAUAUUUAAUUUGUGUGUUGUCAUGAUGCAGUUUUGAAGCUUUUAAUUACUGUUUUUGGUCUAGUCUUGUCAACUUUUAUAAAUUAUUUUGGAUUUUCAACAAUUGUUAAUUUGUUUCCCAUAUAAUCCACAUUACUUCAAUUGGAAAAACAAAAGAAGAAAAGAGGACUAAAGAAUAGGGAGAGGAAAAAAAGACAUAAGAAACAAUCUACUAUUGAAGGGGUUUGCAUUAAAACACAGUGCAGCAAUCCUGCAACCUGUUUCUAAGUCCAAGAGCCACUCCAUAUUUCUUCAAUUGUAGUUGUUGGGCAUCAGAACUUUGCAUGUCAAUUUUUGUCUAUGCUAGAAGAAACAUUCAAAGUAAAUUGUUGAGAGCUCAAUGUAACCCUUUUUUUCCCACUACAACUCAGCAAAAUUGUUCCCCAGGAUGGCUAGUACAAAAGGGAAGAGAAAAAGUUUUUAUUAUUUCUUCAGAAGGAGGUGUGGAUCUUCUUCUCUUACGUGGUGCUUUGUUACUUUUUGAAGACUGCAUUGCAUGUGCUACUAGGACUGUGGUGUGUUACACAACAAAUUUGAUAUGUUAGCCCUCUCUCAUAUUCAGUGUCACAGGUGUACAAAAUAACAACUAUUAUAUUGUAUUUAGACUACUGUUGCUCAUUGUCAGGCUUGUAAAUGCCUUCGUUUAUCUGGGCACAGAUGUGUAAUUUAUGAAUGGCCGUCGUUGAACCUCUCUUAUGAAAUUGUUGAAAUAAUCGAUUUUAUACAAUUUCAGUACCUAUCAUAUCGGGGUUUCUGAUAAUGUGUGUAUUCUUUUGCUUUACAAGAUGGAAUCUAUUGACAUUUAAACAUUUAUUUAAUAUAUUGCAUAAAAGUGUAAUUUUUCAUUAAAAUGAAAUGCUUUAACUACUCUGCUUUUAUUUGGAUUGUAUUGUUCACUCUUUGUUUGAGAAUUUGUUGCAUUUUUGUGUACAUAUUUGAUUUCUUGAAACGUUCGAAAGUAUAUGUGCUCAAUCAUGUAAUAGUCAUUGUUUGGUUGAAUCGUAUAACCAUUUUUGUUAUAAGGCAUGAAAGAGAUGUAUGGAUUUUGCAAUCAAGUUUUGAAUUGUUGCUAUAUUGCAGUUAGGAAAGGGGCAAAUUGAUAUGCUUAGCUCUAUUGUACAUUUGGACCAAAGUAACUGAACUGACUCUUAAAGGAUUAUUGAGAACUCCUCUACUCAUUCCUGCUCCCCUAAAUUUUGUCUGUCUUACAAACUGCUCACUAUUCACACCAAGCCAUCGAUACUUGAUGUGAUUUGCAACUCCUCGCUGCAUACCUAAGAGGUGCCUCAUGACCUGUAAGCUUAAACCGUGCAUGUUCUCAGAGAAACCAUCAAGUAUACAUAUUUGUAGAUAGUGUGUAGAUUGUGAUAAGAUUGUGAUUAAAUUUAUGAUGUGACUGCGGCCUAA